CAAGUUGCAUCAGUUUCAAGUUCGUCACAAUGUUUCCAUUAACAAUCGCACUUGUGCUCCUCAAUUUGCUGCUCCUCGCGGCGGUCAACGGUCAUCCGCCGGCAGCAACAACGCCUGCGCCUGCGCCGAUGUCAGCUGCUUUAAUGGAUGCCACUGGGGAGGCAUAUGACAGCAAGUUCGAUAAUGUGGAUCUGGAUGAGAUACUCAACCAGGAGCGGCUGCUUAACAACUAUAUCAAAUGCCUGGAGAAUGCAGGACCCUGCACAGCCGAUGCCAAGAUGCUAAAGGACAUUCUACCCGAUGCCAUGAUGACGGACUGCGUCAAGUGCACGGAGAAGCAAAAGUAUGGCGCCGAUAAAGUGACCAAACAUUUGAUUGACAAUCGCUUGGAGGAUUGGAUGCGUCUGGAGAAAAUCUAUGAUCCGCAGGGCAGCUAUCGCAUCAAAUACGAGGCAUCGAAGCUAUCGAACAAGCCCGCCAAUGAGAAGAUCGAACUUGAAGCCGGCGAUGGUGUUCAGGGCGAUUCUUAAGCCUUUUCAAGUGCUUUAAAAACAUAUCUACUAAUAUAUACACUUGUGUAUAUUCUUUUCCUUUUUUGUUUUGUUUUCUUAUUCCGCACUCACAGAGCACACAAUUACAAACAUAACAUAACGAAUAAUAAAGCAUAAUCCAAAGAGCAAUUAACUUCCUACUACAUUUCAAUUUGCCAGCUGACAACUGACAAUUAUAAUUACUCAUUGUGCGAAUUAUGAAUGUAUUGCAACUAAUGAAUUGUUGUGAACCCAAACACCCAAAACGAUCUGUUAACUUUGCACAAAACAAUGGAAACAGAAUUUCACACAAUCUGCGAAAAUUGUUUCGUUUUUAUUUUUUCUGUUUUUUUGCGCUCCGACAAAAAAUAAAAACUUGUAAUUACAUGCAAAAUUCGAUAACAAAAUUCCAGCGCGGCGUCAAAACUUUUCAAAAUGCGCUACAAUCUCGAGAGUCGAGAGAGGAGACUCUUGGCAAGCAAUUAGUCCAAAUGCUACCUUAUAUAACGAUAAACAAUUGUGAGCUUGGCAUUGAAAACGAAUUGGCAAUUUGCGCAUUCAUUUCACAGUUGUAACCUCUCUAAAUAGUCAUCGUUUGUUU